CCGGCGGGGACGGGCGCUGUCCGUGGUGCUGAGCCUCCGCAGGGCCGGGAGCUGUCCGAGGUGCUGAGCCGCGCCGCCCGGGCGGUACCAUGGUGUUCGCUCCAGGUGAGAAGCCAGGGACGGAGCAAGAUGAAGUUAAGCUGCAGAACGCCAGCAAGCAGAUUGUGCAGACUGCUAUCCUCCGAGCAGUGCAGCAAGUUUCCCAGGAGAGCCAGCAAAAGGAGAAGCGAACAAACAGUACAAGCCUCCAGCUAGAAAGGGGAAAACUAACCAAGAAGCAUGAAAAGAAGUAAGGGAGCAGAUUGGGUUUUUUCAGUCCUCCAGUCUGCAGAGUUUUCAGCCUUCUCUUUAGUAUCAGCUGUAUUGCCAGUGCAAUGCUACUGUUGUAAAGCAAACCAAAGUAUUAUCACACCUAGACAUAGGGUAAAACUGCAAUAGUCCUCAGCUGAGAAAUAUUAAGUGCAUUAGAUGAAUAACUCCAUACUUAUGCAGUGCCUCUUAACAGAAACAAUAACCAUAGUUAUAAAAGUAGUUUCAAGCACAAACUCUUAUGAUAUGAACUUAUUCUCAAAAACUUGUUGUCAGAGCACUUUCAUGUUAAGUUCUUCGUGCAACAUUUAUGUCAGUUCAGCUGGAUGGACUCUUCUUUGAGCAAAUGGGUUCACUGAAGUUGUCUUUACCGAAGAAAUAGUUUACUGUCAAGUAUAGCAGAAUGAUUUCAGACUCCCUUGAAGCAUGGGUUUGUGCUUUGCUUUGAUUAGACAUGAGCUAUGUGAAAUGGAGUAUAAAGUGGAUUUGGCAAGUUCUGUGAGCCAAUUUCUUUUUUCAUCUUAGGAAAAAAAAGAGUAAGACUGCAGUAACUGUGAUCUAUUACUGUGAUCAUAUACCUAUGAUCUCUGUCUUUUUUUAAGAAAGUUAAAAUAAGUACUGAAGUUUUAGUCUACUUAUUUGAAAUACUUCUAUACUUCUGCAUAAAAAUCACUUGUGCCUCAACUAUUCCUUUUAAUUUUCUUGAUAUUGAAAGAAGAUAAACUGAUGCAAUGAUAAGGAGUUCACCAAUAUAUUCUUCAGUUUUGCAGCUUUUCUGGGGCUUGAUUUACAAGACUGGAGUGUCUUAAAAAAGGGGUUGAAUUUAUUAAUAUCUUGAAGGAUGAAAAUAUACUGUGUCUGAAUUCUGUCACGGUAGAUAUUUCUCACCUGCUGUGCAUAAAGUGACUUUAUAUAUUUGCAAUUGUAACAUAGAUUCACCUUAAAUAGCACUGCAUUAAGCUGGUAAUACAGAGCUUACCCUUUAAGUGCUCUAUAUAGCUGAAGAAAUCCAUGAUGUUUCAGAAAAUACAAAUUAAAUAAACGUUCCCUUCACUUUUAUGCUCCCUUUCUGUAAUGAUGAUUGCGCUAUUAUAUGUCUGAAAUUAAUAACUGUGUAUUUAAUUCUAGAAAUGGCUUGUAGCUCUGCUUCAACUGAAUUCCUGUAGUAAUGCACCUAGAAAUACAGAGAAGCAGAUGUUCUGCAAAACUGCGAACUAUUUUUCUACUCAGCUAGGUGGUUCUCAAAGCGGUUGUGGGUUAAGCAAUUGGCUAUUACUUACUGUGUCCUGUUGCUUGUGUUAAACAAUUUCGGAUUCAUCAUGGCCAGAGGCUUAGCCAUUAAUAGCCACAUACUGUAAUAUUAAGUUUUUAAAUUUGCUUGGUUUCUUUCUUUUUUUUUUUUUAACUUAACAGCACUGACUCAUACAAGAUAAUAAUUAAGCUCAAUCUUCUUUCACUUAAAAAUUAAAAGAAGAAUUCAAUAUGAUUAAAGUUGUUUCAAAUCAUCUAAUAAUGAAAACUGACUCGGAUUCCAAGUACACAGAUGGUUCAGUUCUGUAGACACUGCGUGAAUGUUUUUAGCCAAGCAAACUGAAAGGUGAAAGUGAUUGGGUCUUGAGGCAUGUGUGGUUUUGUUUUAAUAGUAAUUGUUUUACCAUUAGCUUUUUCGUCAGUUCACCUUUGAUUGGGAGGUAACUCUUUUUUAAGCACUCUUUGCAUCUUUGCUUUCUGAGAGCCUAAGAAAACUGAUCAUGAGUAAAGGUUCAAUUCUGAGUCUGACGAGCAGGCAAGUCCAGUGGAUGAGAGAAAGCAAACCUUUUGGAGAGACUCUGUGGUGCAAAACAGUGUUUGCCAUGGACUCACCUACAAUGCUGCAGGAAGGAGAGAUAUCUAACAUAUCAAUUUCUUUGAAAAUAUUCUACUCCUUUAGUGUUUUUUGACACUAUAAAUUUGAAAUGUGUUUGUGUUGGGGUUUUUUUGUAUUCCUGGUAAUUACGUUAAUGAUCUUCAUAUAAUUUUAAAACUUGUUUGUAUGUCAUGUUUUUUUUAAUUAAUCAUUUUAGAGAAAGAAUAAUUUCAAAAGCCAGUGAGUCCAGGCUUUUGCCACUGCUUUAUAUGACCCUAUUCCACUCCUGGUCCCACUCCUCCCACUAUACUGUUCUACAAUAUCUCUUUACUGUCCUAGUCCUUUCAGACACACUAUUACUCAACCAUUUAACAGUCAUGUCCACCACUGUCAGAAUACCGAUACCAUCAGAAGUCUAAUAUCUUGGAAAACUAAAAAUGGUAGGAAGCCUAGCAAAGCCUUGAGGAAGUUUUCUAUAGUCUCCUAUUGAGGACAAACAAAUACUGCAUCUUAAAUAGUGUAGUUUUCCCUGAGAGCCAAAUGAUGUGUCUCCAAUCUAGAGUAUACAUUCCUAAGUUAGAGCAUGCAUUUAGUAUUUCCUAUUGACAACAGAUGUUCCACACACCACUUACAUCCAGGAUGUGCAACUGAGGUUUGUGCUACAUGAGAGAAAACUGCACAAAAGUAAACUUUACCCUUGGUUCAUUACAUGCUUACUACAUGAUGAAAGUGGGUAUUUUUUGGUAUUAUCUUCAGUGACAGAUUAUAUUUUCUGAAGAAAAUACAGACUUUAGAAAUUAUUACAGAUGUGAUGUAGGUCUUUCUACAAAUAAAAAAGAAUGCCUAAAGAAACUCUUA